AUGGCGGCCGGGCGAGGGGCGCCCGCCGCGCUUCCCGACGACGCGGAGCUUCUCGCGAUCCUCCGCGCGGACCCGAGACUCGCGAGCGUGCUCGAGGACCCGGAGCGAUACCGCCUCCAGGUCCUCCUCACCGAGGUCGCACCCGCGAGCGACGGCGACGGCGACGACGACGGUGCCCACUCGGCACCCUGCGAGGCGACGACGACGACGACGACGACGAGAACGACGACGACGAGAGCGACGCUGCGACGGCGCGCGUAUCGCGCGGACGCGGAGUACUUCUACCCCGCGAGCGCGGUCAAGAUCUACGGCGCGGUCGUCGCGCUGUUUCAGCUGCAGCUGAUGGCGUCGCAAGGCGUCGCCGUCGUCGAGCUCGACACCCCGCUCGCGUUCGAAUCGAGGACGGCACCGGUCGCGGCGUCGAACGACGCGCCGCCGCCGAAGUCGGCCGCCGCGCCGCCGCUCGGGUGCUCCGCGCCGACGACGAUGCGCCGCGAGAUCUCCGCGUUGUUUCACGUCUCCGACAACGAGGCGUUCAACCGGUGUUACGACGUCGCGGGGAGGACGCUCAUGUGGGAGUGGGCCAACUCGGAAAGUUUGAAUCCCCCCUUCCGAGGGCCGCGGAUACUCCACCGACUGUUCAGCGAGGCGAAGGGAACGGACGACGGCGGGUCCUUCCCCGGGGUAUGGGCGCGCGUCGGGCGAGACGGCGACGAGGACGCCUGGCGGAGGGUGUUAUGUCGCAGGCACGACGUCUGCGGCCACUUGGUCGGAGACGCGAAGCGAGAGUCCGUCGGAAAGGCGCACGUCGCCGCGGACGGAACGGUCGUCGACGAGCCGCUAGACUGCUCGGCACGCAACCGCGCGAGCCUCGCGAGCCUCCAGGACACGCUGAUACGACUCACGCGCCCGGAGUUCGACGAGUCGAACUUUAAGCUGACGGAGACGCACCGGCGGUUCGUUCUCGCCGCCGCCGCGGGGUCGCCGCGCGACUCGCCGGAUCCGUCCGCGCGCGACGACGCGGCGACGUUCCCGAACAACUACAACAAGUUCUUCGUGGACGGCGUGACGCGCGCGGUGGGGGGCGACGGGAGCCGCGUGAGGAUCACGAAUAAGUGCGGGCAGGCGUUCGGGUUCAGCGUGGACAACGCGUUCGUCGAGUGGAUCGGCGGCGGCGAGGACGAAGAUGAAAACAGAAACAAAAAUCCGUUUUACCUCGCGGCGGCGAUAGAGACGAACGCGAACGGGGUCGUGAACGACGACGUGUACGAGUACGCGGACGUCGCGGAGCCGUUCAUGGACGCGCUCGCGGAGACGGUCGCGCGCUGGGUGUGGCGAGAGAGAGAGAAGUGA